CUCUCUCUCUCACACACACACACACACACACACAAACACACAGACACAGAGAGAAAAUGGCACCUGGGAAUUCUCCAUGUGCUUCAUGCAAACUACUGCGAAGAAGAUGUGCGAAAGACUGCAUUUUUGCACCCUAUUUUUCAUCGGAUGAACCCCACAAAUUUGCAAUCGUUCACAAGAUCUUCGGUGCUAGCAAUGUUAGCAAGAUGUUGCAGGAGCUUCCUGUUUGUCAAAGAGCGGAUGCAGUAAGCAGCCUGGUGUAUGAAGCGAAUGCAAGAAUGAGAGAUCCUGUUUACGGAUGUGUAGGGGCAAUUUCGUAUUUACAGAGUCAGGUUUCACAGUUGCAAAUGCAGCUGGCAAUGGCUCAGGCAGAUAUGCUAUGCAUUCAAAUGCAACAAGAGUCUCCAGUACUAUCCGCCAAUGGUGUCUUGCCAGGUCAUCCUGGAUACAGCAAUAAUAUGUUAACAGAGGAUGGCGUCUCUUCAGAUGACAUGUCAUACUCGCGUAUGCAUAAUAGUAAUACCAUCAUCAACCAUCAUCAUCAUCAUCAUCAUCAACAUCAGGAACAAUACUUGAACUUUACUUGUAACAAUGUAAUUCAGUACGACACACUGAAGAGAGAGUCUUCUUCUCUUUGGGCAUGA